AAUAUGAGCCGGCCCCACCACAAUCACCCAUCACACCACUCCUUUGGACUCCCCCUUCUCUCUACACAAACAUCUCACUCAUCUACAAAAACUAGGGUUUAUAAAUUCCCAAAAAUUAAAAAAAAAAAAUGUUCAACACUAGUACAAUUAUCAUUAAUCGCACACACACUUUUCUCUUCUUUUAAAUCUACCACACCGUGCCCCCUCCCCCAAUCUCCCAGCCCUAAUUUUACCAUUUCCCCUUUUUUCGCGAUGGCGGCGACGGUGACGGCGAAUUACUCCAACGGCAGCGCUGGCGGCGGCGGAGAGGUGGUGGAGAAUGGCGGCGCAGUGCAGACGGGAGCGUCGAUGAUGGAGCAGCUGGUGCCGGAGAUAAGGACGCAUGCGUUGAGUUAUCUGGAUUACCGGAGCUUGUGUCGCCUUUCGAUGACCAAUUCCACAAUGAGGAAGGCUGCUAAUGAUGAUAAUGCCUGGAAGUCGCUUUACCGGAAGGAUUUCACAUUGGAGCAGGAUAGUGUGACGCCAGUGAAUGGAUGGAAAGCGUACUACGCAGCUACCAGGGAUAUUUUGAAUAUUAAUGCAGAGUUUUUUAACCUCAUCAGAGAGCAACAGCUUUCAGAAAUGGGUCUACUGUGGUUAAAUGCUGACUUCGUGAAAUGCAUUCAUGCUUCUGGGGUAAAAUUUUCAGGCUAUACUGCAGUUAUGCAGAGCUGGCAGCAGGCUUUUAAUUGGGAGCAAAGUGUUGAUUUCCAGAUUCGUGAUGUGAGAGCUCGUGUACACUCUGAUAUGGCCUGGGUCAUGAUGCAAGCAAAUGUUGACAUGGACAUCAGACCAUACAAUGUGACUAAUGCUUUUGAGUUCCAUAACGGACGGUGGUACAUGGUGCAUCAUCACAGUUCUGCGGCGCUUGUCCACAAUGGGGCGGUACAAAUGAUUUUAGGAUAAGACAGCAGAGAUGGGAUGAAUAUAAGUAGAAACUAAGAAUGGUACAGUUUCCGUUAAAUAUUGAAAGUAAAUCUGUUUAGCAAUCCAGUGUGGUUUCCUGGAAAAUAUUGCUUGAUUUGUCUAACCUCAGUUUUGGCUCUUUGGUGGUGGGUUGGCUGUAUGUCUAUGCUUUUCUUAUCUAUAGUCAUCCCUUUCUGUCCUACCCCUGUUACCCCCAAUUGAUGAUUUUAUAAAAACCUCAGGAACAAAGUUCUUGGCAUAUUUACUACAGAAUGUCAAUGGUGAAAAGUGGUUCUUUAAAAUUGCGUUGAAAAGAUGACAGAUGUUAAUGUUUUUUAUAAUUCAUAUAUUUUGUUUUUGAGAGCACUGGUCACAUAAGUAUAGUUAUUGUCCUUGUUGAAUAUAACUUUUUCAUUUGUAUUUAA